AUGUCGAAACCAGCCAAGAUUCCGGAGUUUUGCGUCGACAAGAAUCUGACAAGCUUCACGGAAGCGGAACUCGAAGAAUUCGCGAAAUACGCGGGGAAUGUUCAGUCGACAAAUCCUCAGCCAGUGAAGUCUUCCGAAGUUUCGGAUGUUCUCGGUGCGUUCACUAGCAGGAAGAGUGUGUUGUAUUCAGAAUUUACGUUUCAGAAGUCAUCACCGCCUACCGCGACGUCUACGAGCACCUCGAGGAUAACACCCAGACAACUGACGAACUGCCAGAGGUAGCAAUCAUUUUACCGACAAUUUGCAAAAAUUUUGUUGCAACUAUGACUGUACUGACAUAGAAAUACGUUUAAUCCCGUAUUUUCAGAGUACGUCAGAAUACGCGAAACAGAUGCAGCUUGUGGAACUCCUCACGAAGGCGCACAUGCACAUCGGCUCGCCGGUUUCAGAGGUGGGCUAUCGAUUGAUUCGAAAAAAAGACACUAGCGGUAAAAUCUUCAAAAAGAGAAAGGCAAUGUUCCAAACGUACUUGUAAAAUAAGGACUCGGCCGGGUCCCGUCGGCCUCGGUUGCGAUUUAAUGACGAAAUUUUCACCCGUUCAUUUAGUGUGUUUUUAAAGAUUUAUAUCACGAAAUAGGCCUUCUCCUUCUUUUUUCCCUCAAAUCGGACCGAAUUAGUAGCGAUAUAAAAAGCUGGUCCGCAACAGUUAUGAUUCAGGUGGACGAGCCGACCGGGCCCGUGCUAUGACUAAUUAUAGGAUUGUAAUUCAAAAAAAAAAUCCCAGAUUAGUCAAAUUUCCCGUAAAAUUCUAAGAUUUUCAAGCGGAAUAUGGAACACUUAUAAUUUUUUUUGCCGAAUAUAGAAAUAGGACGCACUGGGCCGAGAGGUGUUCGACAAAUAGUUUCGAAAGAGAAAUGCAUUAAAAAACAGUUUUUUCAGGCUCCGUUUUUCGAGAAUGAAGACGAAGAAGUGUAUUUGAUUAUCUCAAUCAAGCUGAUGAAGGAAAUGGGUUCCAUCUGCACGCUGUCGGUUUAUUUGCUUGAUACCUAUGAUCAUUCGAAGGUAAGAUAUGAAACCACGCUUCAAAAUCACUUUCAAAUGUUCAGGGAACAGAACAAAGGGAGAGUUUCAGCACGGAUAUAUCUGAGGCAUACCUCUCGGUUCCGCUGAAAUCCCUGGAAGUGUGGGCCCGGUAUAAACAGCGACCAUGCAUCCAAUUGCUCGUGGAACUCAAGUAUGAAGGGACGGACGGUAAGAACAUGAAAAAUGCGGGAUUCUCUGAAAUGUGUACUUAUUUGCAGCGGGCCCAAGCCCUUCAUUUUUGAAAAGAAUUGAGGUGUGGACAAAGGAGAACGGCUUCUUCUUCUCGAAAAAGUCGUCGGCAUGGGCAUGGCCGAUCGCAAUGGAUUCGAUCUCAGUGGACAGAGUCCAGAGGAGACACACGCUGAACAAUUUCCUCCACAAACCACCUUCCCACAACAGCACGCAGAAGUUUGAAUUCGAAAUAUUCAAACAAUCUGAAGACCCCACAGUCUGCCAAGACUGGGAUAGUCAGCUAGAUGCCACCUGUACGUUUCAUUUUUUUGUAAUGUCUUGAAGAAUCCUUCUUUUUUUUUCAGUUCUUGGUGGCACCGGUCUUGCGGUGGAACACAAUUGGCCUGUCGCAACCACCAUGGCCGCCACUUUUGGCAAGAGGCUCCUCGACAUAGAGAACAUCUUCGCGUGCACCCGGAUUAUUUAUAGGUUCUCGUUCGACACCGCGUUCGGCAAUAUCAUCUGCAUCGUCUGCGGCAAGACGUUUGACAAGCUACCGAGCCUCGUCUAUCACAUCAACAGACUUUACGAAAAGUUGCACAUCAAGUUGCAGCUCCAGGUGAGUCAAAGAGGUUUCACUGAAUUUCAACAUGUUUUCCUUUUCCUAUUCCAGGACAAAAAGACGUGUAUCAUUCACCUGGAGGUCUCUGAUAUGGAAAGCGAGACGCACGUGGGCCGCUGCAACAAACUGAUGCCGAAGAAUCAGCAAGUCGAUCGGAAGAAUGAGUUCGCUGUGGCGAUGUUCUCAGCUCUCAGCGCUUCGAAUUUCCAACUUCCUGCUGCCGAGUUCCGCAAGAGGAUUAAAGACACCUACCCGACACUUCAGGGAAAGUGGUUCAUGUGCCAUGAAUGCUGCAUCACACCAUACGACUACAAGAAGUACGCAGAGGAGGUGUUCGAAGUCCACAAGGUAGGCAUUUCCAGUAACUGAAAGAAACUCGAGUUAUAUAUUCACCGUUUUCAGAUCGCAACGAUGUGGGAGGCUGACUUUGACAAGAAGUUCUUCUGGAUAACGUUCAAGUCAUUUCUGGCGAAAUCCUACGUGAGCGGCAUCCGCUCCCAUGGCCUUUACCAGCUCUUGGAUAUAUUCAUCCUGUGCCACAUACCGCUGUUCGCGUUGAACCGCUUCAACUUUGUUGGCAAUUUCAAUCAACUGAUUGUUUCCGACAUUCAGCAGGUCUUCCCUGCAGAAGAGAAACUUCCCCCGAUAGUGGCGUUGAUCCUCAGAAAUAAGUGAGCAUUUUUUUUGUUCAAAAUUUCUGAAUUUGCUUGUUUUUUCAGGGCGAAAAAAACAUUCUUCAAGUUGGAUCAGGAAGACGGGGAUAUCAUUCUCAGAACGUUGUGGAACAAAAAAGAGUACAUGAACAGGACGGAGAAGGAAUUCGACGUCAUCAAGAAGUUCAUUGGCAGCCCGUUCCCCACCACCAGAGAGCAGAUAUGCGCCACGUGGCAGAUGUUUGCAAGCGAACCUGAUGCGUGCAAGUUGCCGGAAGUCGGAAUUUUCCUCACCACAUGGAGAGUAUGUACUUGAAAAUUGUAACUAUAAUAUUGUAUCGUUUGUAGGACAAAGACAAUCAUCCGGUGCGUGUCCCCAAAUGCCUGUACUUCGGAUCCGUCGCUGAUGAGACGAUUCAGAAGGUUUUCGACGACUUCUACAAAAUUUAA